UUUAUUAAAACCCGUGCCGCGAGCAGAGUGCUUUAGCGCUCCACGGGCACCUUACCCACGUAGUAAACAUUCAAAAAUCCCUAGACAUCUGAAAUCCACGUGCAACAAUGGUAAUAUUGCAAUCCCGAAAAUAUUUUUCUGUUUAUCGUAGCUCUUAGCUUGAUAUCGGGAAACAAUUUCAUAAGUUGAAGAGAUUUUAUUGUAUAACAUGGGUAAAAAGGAUAAAAAUAAGAAAAAGAUAAGCGGUAAUGUAAAAACUGCACUUAAAACUGAAAAAAAACAAAACGCUAAACAGAAAAAAGAAUUGGCUGCACGUGGUGAGGAUGACAUAGAACACGUAAUUGCUGAAAUUGAAAGAGAAGAAGCUAAAAGAAAAUGUAUUAUUGAAAAGACAGUAGCCCCACCGUCUCGACGUAUAAACUGUACUUUAACAGCACAUCCAUUUAAAGAUGAACUUAUUAUAUUUGGUGGAGAAUUUCAUGAUGGAAGAACGACAUUUGUUUAUGGAGACAUGUUUAUAUACAGCUUAAGUAAAGAUGAGUGGACUAUCAUAAAAGCACCCGGUUCUCCUCCUCCACGUUGUAGUCAUCAAGCAGUGACCACAACUGCGAAUAAAGGAGAAUUAUGGAUAUUUGGUGGUGAAUUUACAAGUCCAUCAGAGUCACAAUUUUAUCACUACAGAGAUUUAUGGGUGUAUAGAUUUGCAGAGAAGAAAUGGGAAAAAAUUUCAUCUCCUGGUGGACCAUCUGCCAGAAGUGGUCAUAGAAUGACUCUUAUAAAAAAACAAUUGAUUGUUUUCGGUGGAUUUCAUGAUAAUUUAAGGGAUUACAAAUAUUACAAUGAUGUACAUAUAUUUAAUCUUGAUACAUAUACUUGGCACAAGAUUGAGCUGUCUGGUACUCCACCACUUCCCAGAUCUGGAUGUAUAAUGUUACCAACACCUGACAAUAAACUUCUUAUAUAUGGUGGAUACAGCAAAGAAAAGAUUAAGAAAGAUGUUGAUAAAGGUUAUGUUCAUAAUGACAUGUUUUUAAUGACACCUGAGAAAAAUGAUCAAACUGGUUUGAAAUGGAAAUGGGUGCUUGUAAAACAAUCAGGAAUUAAAAUAUCACCAAGGUGUAGUGUAUCAGCUGUUUUAGUUCAACCAAAUCUGGCCUACUUGUUUGGUGGAGUUUUUGAUAACGAAGAUGAUGAAGAAGAACUUCAUGGAACAUUUUAUAACGAUUUAGUGGCCUUAGAUUUAGAAAAAUUUCAAUGGAGAAUAGUGGCAUUACAUGGAAAGAAAGAUAUAACCACACGACGUAGAAGAAGAAAACCAAAAGAAGAUGCUGGACAAGAAAACGAUAGUGAAAAUGAAGAUGAUAAUCAUAGUGAAAUGCAAGAACCGUCAUCUGUUCCUACUGAAUCUGUAACAACUCAUGAUGAUGGAAUCUUCACAGUUACAAUAGGACCCGCGCGAACAUCUGUUACACAGGAACAGGAAAUCACAGAGAAGGAUGUAUUUAUGCCUUGUCCACGGAUAAAUGCUGCACUUGCCGUAAAGCAUAAUAUUUUAUAUUUAUAUGGCGGUAUGUUUGAAGAUGGAGACCGGCAAUAUACACUGAACGAUUUUUAUAGUUUAGAUUUUCGUAAAUUAGAUGAAUGGAGAACAAUAAUGUCAGAUGAUUUAUCUACUCAAACGUGGUUUGAUGCCAGUAGUUCAGAUUCGGAUAGCGAAGAAAUAGACGACAGUGACGGAAGUGAAAAUGAAUCGGAAGAUGAACAUAUGGAUGUUGAUGAAAAUUAAUACGUACCUGCCUUUAAUUGUAAAUGUACGAUAGUCUUAAUUCUUCAAUCUGAAUGUUUAUAAAAAAGAUUAUAAUACCAAUUUAAAUAUACUUUUCUACAAUUUA